AUGCUUGUUCUGUAUGACCGGGCCUCCGCUAACGUUGAGUCCUGCUGUCGGAAGCGUGGCGUGUCGGAUUUCUGCUCGCGGGCGCUCUGCAGACUCACUUCUCCACCAGGUACAGAGGAGAUUUACACGGUUUUCGACUCUACUCAAUGCCAGCCACUUCUGCCACUAAUUGCGGGAUGUAUCGUCGACGGCCGUGAUUCUACUGCUUGUUGCCGAAGAAACGCCGUACAGGAAGAGGAGAAUUCAUGCCUUAAUCUAUGCAGAGGCUCAUCGGACGGCAUGGGAAACUGGGAUGACUAUCUGUCUUGUUUGUCCCUCAAUCUUGCGUCCAUGUACAGCUGCAUCCUCAGCAGCCAUCAUUCCAAUACACCAACACCGCCGCGCCACCUAAAAAGCGUACCGAAAACCAACACAUCAGUGAAAAUCCAGUGGAGCCCUCCCGCUGAGCAUCCAGAGCUUGUACAUGUUUACAAAGUAUAUUUACUCGACGAAGAAAAAGAAGAUAUAGUAACAACUAAGCACCACUCUCACAUUUUUGAGAAUCUCAGACCAGAUCGGUCAUACAGGGUCUACGUUGUGGCACAAGCCUCAAACCCCUCCAACAAAUCUGUACCUUCUGACAUAUUGCACUUCAGAACGUCGUCCACCGACAGCGAAGAACCGCGCUUCAAUUCUACUUUGCAUUUGCCGAAAGAAGCAAAAAAGGCCACGCUUUCGUGCCAUCUGCAAAAGGGGAUAUCCACGCACAUGAUAUGGGAAAAGAAAGUGGGAUCAAUCUAUCGCAAAGUCGACGGAUCUCGUUUCCAUAUAACAACUUACACUUCUGAAGACGAAAAAUUUAAGCAGGUGCUGGUUUCUUCACUUGAUAUCUAUGAUUUGAACAGCUCGGAUUUUGGCACCUAUAGAUGUCAUGAUAGCGGAAGCCUCAAUGAUUAUGGAGAGGUUCGUCUCAUUGCUUAUUCGCAUGCGCUCGAAAAACCACCGAAGAAUCCACCGGAAACAGUGCUCGAAUGCUGCUCGCGAGAAAUCUUCAAUCCACGCUGUCAAACCGUAUGUCACGCCGGAAGUGCGAAGCGUGGCCUUAAACCUGGAUCGUUCUACCCAGAUACUAAAAAUUGUGCGGACGGCUUCCAAAACCUUUUACGCUGCACUCUGAGUGAAAUGAACAAUGCUGGAUGCUGUAUUAGAGCAUAUAUACCAUAUCGCUGCCUUGGCAUGUGUGAUAGCAAAUUCGAGUUGACCCCGCUGAAUAGUUUCGAAUGCUUGCGUUACCAAAGUAAGGUUCGGCAGUGCCAAGCAGAGGUACUGAGUCUGCGCCCCGAAGCGGUCUCAAAUCUUCGCGCUAAGACAGAGAAUGAUAUGACUGUGUUGGGUUGGGACAGAAGCGAGAAAGCCGAAGUCUACCAUGUAUAUCACAGAAGGAGAAGGGGUCCAUGGAAGUCGGCUUCAGUCAAAGGAACGACUUCAACGGUAAUGAAUGCAGACGAGAUUGUUGUUCUUGCCGUAAACGCGUACGGGCCUGGCUCUGCUAAUCGAAUUGCGUUCGAGAACAACGAAUGGAUAGGGAAUUACGACUGA